AUGUCUAUUGAACCCCAACCAGCCCCUAUCCACGAUGUAAUAAUAAUAGGCGCAGGACCCUGUGGCCUCGCCGUCGCCGCACGACUAGGCGAAGAAACCCCCUCGGCAGUCUUCACUGACGAAGAGCACCAACGCUACCACUGGAUAAAGAAACACACCGGCCGAAUGAACCUCGUACAAGCCCGACACAGCAAGAUUAACGGCGUUCGGGCAAACAAAUGGAACUGCGAGACGAUGUGUCCCAGCGAUAGCAAAGACAAAGGCCAAGAUCGACAACGGCGUGCGUCUACAGACUCUGUAUCUUCUGUUCCAUCACUUUCCGCUUCCUCGACUACAUCGACCUCGUCCUCUGUGUCAACUUUAGUACUUGAUGGAUCGGGAGAUAAAUGGAUGCAACGAUGGAAUAAUGCUUUCAAGACAUUAGAGAUUAAGCAGCUUCGCAGUCCGAUGUUCUUCCAUGUUGAUCCUGGUGAUCGGGAUGGGAUGUUGGCUUAUACUCAGGAGACUGGGCGCGAGGGGGAUUUGUGGGAGAUUCCAGGUUGUGUUGGGAAGGAGAUGAGCAAGCAUAAGAAAAAGAAGAGAAGGCAGGGGGAAAGUCUCACAUAUAGGCCAAUCGGAGGCGAGAUCGACGAACGAGAUCGGAAAGAUUACUUCUCUCCUUCUACGGAUUUGUUCGCCGAUUACUGCGCUUCGAUCAUUGAUCGGUAUGGACUCAAUGAGCCGGGACAGAUCUUGCAGCGCGAGGCUACAGGACUUUCUUAUGACUAUGUGUCUGAUGGCUCGGAGAAGAUCUUCACAAUUUCCACAUCUACUGGAGAGAAAUUCUACAGCCGGGCUGUUGUGCUUGCCAUCGGUCCUGGCGGUGCAGGAGUUUCAAAGAUCUAUCCGUGGAAGCCAGCAAAUGAUCAAGAGGGUGCAGCUGGAUGUUGCCACAGCAUGGAAAUUAAGACCUUCCCCAGUCCUAAUGUACAGGACAAGAUCCAGCGCCGGCAGGAGACAAACGUUGUCGUUGUUGGGGGUGGGCUUUCUUCAGCUCAGAUUGUGGACAUGGCUGUUCGCAAGGGAGUCACCAAAGUGUGGUUUAUUAUGAGGUCCGGGAUGAAGGUCAAACAUUUCGAUAUCAGUUUGCCAUGGAUGGGCAAAUACAAAAACUGGGAAAAAGCAGCCUUCUGGUCUGCCGAUACCGACGAAGAACGCCUCGAAAUGCUUCAAACUGCCCGCAACGGAGGCAGCAUGACACCACGCUACACCAAAAUCGUGAAACAACAUGCCGCCAAACACCGCGCCUCCCUCCACCCAUGCACAGUAAUAAAAUCACACGAAUACAACCCCUCAACCCAAACCUGGACCCUAACAACCGACCCACCAAUCCCCAACCUCCCCCCAAUAGACUACAUCUACUUCGCAACAGGCGCACGCACCGAUGUCCGCGAGAUGCCUCUACUACGCGAAAUGAACGAACAAUACCCCAUCGAAGUCAAGUCCGGAUUCCCCUGUUUAACAAACGACCUAUCAUGGCGUGAAGACGUGCCGCUAUUCAUGACAGGACGGAUGGCAUCUCUCCGGCUUGGACCCGCGGCACCGAAUCUUGAAGGCGCGAGAGUCGGUGCGGAACGCGUAACGUGGGGUAUUGAGGAAGUCUUGCACAAAGGGCGGGAUGUUGGAGAGCAGUGUGAAGGGUUUUGUGGGCUUGGCAACCGGUAUGCGUCGCUGCUUGGGGAUAGUGAUGAAUGA